AGUAUCUAUCAAGAAAACUCUCCUCAGGAGUGGAAAGAGCCCGUCCUGCAGUGAUGAACACCGACAUGGAUGCUGUUGAGGCUGAGAAUCAGGUGGAAUUAGAAGAGAAAACACGGCUCAUUAAUCAAGUUUUGGAAUUGCAGCACACACUUGAAGAUCUCUCAGCACGAGUAGAUGCUGUUAAGGAAGAAAACUUGAAACUGAAAUCAGAAAACCAAGUUCUUGGACAGUAUAUAGAAAAUCUGAUGUCAGCGUCUAGUGUUUUCCAGACUACUGACACGAAAAGCAAAAGGAAGUAAGGGUUGGCUCCCAGAUGAUGUAUUGCAUUGCUGCUGUCUUUUUUGUUUUAACUGGCAUAGGCUACAUGAGCUAACAUACCUUAAGUUUGUGGCGUACUGGAUACUUAAAGAUUAUAAACUUUGGUGACAAACAGAAUUAAGAGCAUUAUCAUGAACAGGAGACGUGAGUUUGUGUGUUGAGAUUAAGCAAUGUGCAAAUGUAGUGUAGA